UUUUGUUGUCUGUCGGCUCUUCCAACUUACUUUGCUUGGUCUCUCCUGUCGAGAUAAGAAUCAUUCUCCUGCUGUACUUCACCCUGAACUCUUCGGCGUGUUAACUCUUCGUCCUUUUCGACUCCUGGAUACCCUCGCCUUGUUGUCUUUUGACCCUUCGUAACCUGUUCAUUUGGCACGACUUAUACCCCUCCUUUCGUCUCGCUUUAUUCUACUUCUCUUUACCCUUUACCCUAAUCCUCUGCUACUCUACCUCUUGUGUUUUCCGCAGCCAUAAAACGGUGUCGUUGUUUGGUCUAAUUUCCAAGCAACGAGCCUUAACACAACUGGUCACAACGGUUGCCUCUACCAAAAAACGAAAGGCUGCGGAUCAGGUCGAGGCCGACACCAAUCCGGCCCCCAAAAAAUUAGCACCGGUCGCUCCAUCUGUAACUUCAGCAACCACCACAAUGUCGAGCGACGACGAAUUUAUGUCGGACCAGUUGUCAGAUGAUCAGUACGAGGAUGAUGAUUAUAGCUUGGGUGAGCUUGAGGAAGACGAUGACCGCUACUUAGAUGACGUUAAGGACGAGAAGCCAUCAAAAAAGGCCUAUGAAGUCGAUUACAAGGUUCAUUCUGAUGAGCAAAUUCGUGCCGCCCAGCAGAUACAGAUUGAAGAGGUUUCUAGCAUUCUGGGUCUCCCAGGGGAGCAGUGUGCGAUAUUACUGCGUUUUUUCAAGUGGCAAAAGGAUCGACUGAUUGAAAAGUAUAUGGAUACUCCAGAUGAGGUCCUGGAAGAUGCUGGGUUAGGACCGGGAUACGAAGCCCCAGCCGUGCUUGAGAAGUUGAAGGGAUUUAGCUGCGAGAUCUGUUGUGAUGAUGAGCGUGGUCUGGAAACAUAUGCCAUGAAGUGUGGCCACCGUUACUGCGCAGAUUGCUAUCGGCAGUAUAUCGAGUCGAAAAUAAAAGACGAAGGAGAAGCAAGCCGGAUAGAGUGCCCUUCAGAGGGUUGUUCUAGAAUUGUGGGAUCGAAGACGAUUGAUCUUCUUGUCCCCUCUGAGAUUAACCAUAGAUACAGGGAACUACUUAACCGGACUUAUGUCGACGACAAGCCGAAUCUGCGAUGGUGCCCUGCCCCGAACUGUGAAUAUGUAGUGGAUUGCGCGAUAAGGCCGACACAACUACACUCGAUCGUUCCAACUGUCCAAUGCAGUUGUAGCCACCAGUUUUGUUUCGGGUGUGGUUAUGCGGACCAUCUUCCCUGCCCGUGCCUCCUUGUCAAAAAAUGGUUGAAAAAAUGUGAGGAUGAUUCGGAGACUGCCAAUUGGAUAUCUGCGAACACAAAGGAAUGUCCGAAAUGCGUUUCUACAAUAGAGAAGAAUGGAGGUUGCAAUCAUAUGACUUGUCGAAAAUGCAAGCAUGAGUUUUGCUGGGUUUGCAUGGGACCAUGGCAGGAACAUGGAACCAGUUGGUAUAAUUGUAACCGGUUUGAGGAGAAGAGUGGGUCUGAGGCUAGGGACCAACAAGCAAAAUCUCGAGCGUCAUUGGAACGAUAUCUUCACUAUUACAACAGAUACGAUAAUCAUGACCACUCAGCGAAGUUGGAUAAGGAUCUUUAUGUUAAGACCGAGAAAAAGAUGACGACCCUACAAUCAUCCUCUGGCCUGUCGUGGAUUGAAGUUCAAUACCUCGAGGCCGCCUCCAAAGUUCUUCAACAGUGCCGCCAAACUCUCAAAUGGACAUAUGCGUUUGCGUUUUAUCUGGAGCGGAACAAUCUUACAUACAUCUUUGAGGAUAAUCAAAAAGAUUUAGAAAUGGCAGUCGAGACAUUGAGUUCACUUUUUGAGAUGCCAACUGAUCAACUUGCCAACGCCAAAAAAGAGAUGAUGGAUAGAACCGCGUAUGUUAAUAGUCGGCGUAUAAUACUCUUGGAAGACACAGCGAAGGUGCUCGCGGAAGAGAAUUGGAAAUUUACGGUUGAUUUGAAGCAGUAAGCCUGCGGUAGAUAUCAAACUCCUAGUUACUUGAGUAGAGCUUGUUUCUUAUUCUGCUUUCUGUUGUAUUUCGGUCUGGUGGGGUUUAUCAGGGGUUGGCAGGUGGACAUUUCCUUACCGCAAUAGGCUCGUCAAGCAAUCAUAUGUGGAAAGUAACAUCUUUUAAUCUUCUCGCUUGG